CCGUCGCUCUAAAGGACAUUAUAAUGCAAGGGACCUCCUUUUUUUAACCACAAACCGAAUUUUCGUUCAUUUAGACGAUAUAUACUUUUUAAAUUGCCCCAAAGUUGUGGGAUUUUUUUGGAGCGCUGUUCGCCCUGGAGCGGUACGCCAUGCUCUCUCACGCCGACCUCCUGGAUGCUCGGCUCGGUGAGUUAUCGUCACUAAACUCCGGCCCUAAACUCCAGUGGAUGAAGGAUGCUGCAGAGUUACUCGGACACAGAGAAGCUCUCAAGUGCCGGCUAGGUGGAGGGGUGCAGGACCAGGGGCAUCCGGGAGACAUGGCCCCUGGUUCAGACUCUGUGGAGGGCACCACUAUGCUGCCGGGAGAAGACAUCUCCUCUGUGGGAUCGAACUCUGGCGGCAUGCCGGUGAACGGGAAAGAGACGGAGAAGCAGCAGCAGCCGCAGCAGAGCUCCAGCCAGACCUCUAGCCAGCAGAAACAGAAGCGGCACAGGACGCGCUUCACUCCGGCGCAGCUCAACGAGCUGGAGCGCAGCUUCGCCAAAACCCACUAUCCUGAUAUCUUCAUGAGGGAGGAGCUGGCGCUGAGGAUCGGACUAACCGAGUCCAGAGUUCAGGUUUGGUUCCAGAACAGACGCGCUAAGUGGAAGAAAAGGAAGAAGACCACCAAUGUUUUCCGCUCACCGGGGACACUGCUCCCCACCCCGGGCCUGCCUCAGUUCUCUGCCGCGGCCGCCAUGGAGAACAGCCUGUGCUCCUUCCACGCCAACGACUCUCGCUGGGCCACGGGGAUGCCGGGUGUAUCACAGCUGCAGCUCCCUCCGGCCCUGGGCCGUCAGCCGGGCAUGCCACAGUCCCUGUCACAGUGCAGCCUGGGUCCGGGCCCGCCAAACUCCAUGGGUCUCUCCAACGGCCUGUCCUCCAACGGCCCCGGCCUGCAGUCCCAUCUCUACCAGUCGCAUUUCCCAGGAAUGUCGGCCUCGCUCUCCGGCCCCACGAACGUAUCGGGUUCCCCGCAGCUGUGUAGCUCCCCGGACAGUGACAUGUGGAGAGGGACAAGCAUCGCUUCACUGCGGCGCAAAGCGCUGGAGCACACAGUGUCCAUGAGUUUUACUUAGUGACUUCUCAAAAAUAUCUCCAACCCUCCUACAAAGUCCCUCGUCUUUCUGUUUUUAUUCCCGCUAUUUAGAUCAAAACGAACGAGCCAAUCAGGCCCGAAAUAUGAGAACAUGGAGAGUGUGUGACUUCGUCUUGAAAGGACAACACUGAUGGACAAAUGGGGAACAUAACUUGGGUUUGGGGUAAUUUAUCUUGUUAAUUCAAAGGAUUUUAUCAACUAUUGAUGAUGAAUACUAUUGUAAUGAUCUUUAGACUAUAGGCCCUAAUUACUGAGAGCCAAACAAUCGUCGUAUUUACGUUUUCACUGAGUGCGUCUUUACGCACACAUGUUAUUGUGUUCAGGUGAAGUUGUGUUAUGUCAAACGGUUAUUUAUAAAGAUGGGGUAUACAGCCUGCCACACGCGCACCACACUGUAGUGGGCCUAUUGAAGUGGGUCUCAGGCAUGCACUGUGCACGUGGAUUAAAACGCUUGAAUGACUUCGAGAGUCAAUGGUGCCCACUCAGAUUGAAGAGGCUCUUUUAGACGAGCUCUCUCUCUCUCUCGUCUGCAUCAAAUCUAAAGGGAAAAAAAUAAACAAUGAUCUCUCAGUAGGCCUACUCUGUUUUAGGAUGUUUUGUGUAGAUAAAACAUUCUUGCUAUGUACCCACUGGUCUUUUUUGUGACAUGUUUUAACUUAUUGUAUGUGCUAUUCCUUACACAUUUCUUAAAUGUUUGAUCUUACAUCAAAAUGCACCACAUUGACGGGUUUGUAACGAUUUCAAAUGAACAAACAAAUAAAAGUAAUU